AUGACGACUAUUUACAGAACAAUUUGGGCUACCAAACCAGAUUCAACUUCGUUGUUGAAGCCGAGUAGUGUAUCCGAGCAUUAUACUACCGUUUUAUCCGGCACGGUGAGUAGCAAUGAUAUAAAUAACGUUUACAAUACGCGAAAUGCGCUCUCUUCUAUUCAAAACACCCCAAGAUUAAGUUCAGUGGCUUUGCUUAGUUCCAAUUCGGCAGCAAGGUUAUUGACCAGUCUCAGUACAAGUACGGUGCGUGUAUCCACCACAGUUUCGAACACAGUAGAUCAUACUCUGUCCGCUAAACCGAAUCUGGCAUUCUCCGAACUCUCAAAUGUGACCAAAACAGGAUCAGCCAGAACAAUAGGACUAUCAAUAGGUCUACCAAUUGGCAUAUUUUGUUUUUCCUUGCUGGUCUUCCUAAUAUACUUUUACUUCUUCAAGAACCCCAUAUUAUCAUCUAACCGACCAGUCUCACCAGACUUUUUCCAUAAGGAAAAGAAAGAAGAAAGAAUCCCUCUUUAUAACCCAUUCAACCAACCUAAAGGGGGAGGACCUAGUCAUGAUGAAAUCAAGAACGAAAAAUUUGCAGCUGGACAGUUUGGGGGUCUCGAGAAAGACGCCUGCAAUUAUAGCAUUAAAUACAACAUAUCCAGGCCCAUUAAGGAACAUAUUCUAACUCCCAAAGUGGCACUGCAUCCAUCUUCCAAAGAACUCAAUGAUAUAGACAAAUAUUUGUACGAACAGCCGCCCAAUAUCUACCGUGUCGAUUCCAAACUUCCACCCUUAGAUCACUCAAGAGAAAUCACCAAUGUGGGAAAACACCAAAAGGAUGCCUCUGAUGACAGAUGGAAGUAUAACUCGCCAUUGAGUAAAUGGUUUUUGAGAGGAUCUACUUAUUUCAAGGACAAAAACAUCAGCGGCUUAAGUCUCGCCGAUUCUGUGACAAAUUUGACACCAACGCUACAUUUGAAACAACUCAACAUAUUGCGGAAGAACAAGGAGGGUUACGCCGCUGAGGCCAAUGUGUUAAAUGUGGAUGAGACGUCGCCCAUACUGACCACAAAACAUCCAAACUAUACGGACACGCUUGAAAAGGGGUCUACGCCGACAGAAGCGCAUGUUUCGAUUGUUAAAUCACCUAUUAUAGAACGACAACGUCGGGUACCCAGUCUGAUAUACGGUGAGGUCAGCCCCCAAUUUCUUGACGAGUUUGAGGACAACAACCCGGUUAGUCUGGAACACGCACCGGCGAAAGUUCAUAGGAAGAAAAAAAGUACAGAGCGCUUCAAACAGAAAUUGCAGGAGAAGAAGCUGCCGCAGCUGCCUGCAACGGACGAGAAACCACAGUUACAAAUCGGACAUGUGUAUCAAGUAGCGAACGAUUAUGCGCCGCACCUUACGGACGAGAUUUGGGUUCAAAAGGGUGAGUUUGUUAGAAUUCUCGUGGUGCAUAACGACGGCUGGUGUCUUGUGGAGAAAUGCGCUCGGGACGGUACGUCCAAAUCGGUACUGGACCUGAUGUCGAGUGACGGUGGUAGUAAAAAUCGGAAGUAUUUGAAUGACGACAGAGGUAUAGUUCCAGCGGACUGUCUUGCAGAAUUGGACGGUUGA